GUGCUCUUCCGAUCUGAAAAAAUUAUGCAGCACACUGGUCCAUUUAGCUAAAAUGUCAUUGUAGCAACUCAAAAUGAUUCUCAGUAGUUUGUGUGGCCCCCACGUGCUUGUACGCAUGCCUGACAACGUGGGGGCAUGCUCCUAAUGAGACUACGGAUGGUGUCCUGGGGGAUAUAUAUAUAUACAUACUUAUUUGGGACCAGGUACAGUCAUGUUAUUGUCCUGAGCCCAAACACCUGCUUCCCAAUGAUUGGACUUAUUUCAAACAUUUUGCUCAACGCUCAUUUCAAGUGUGCGUCAAAGCAGUGCCGCUUUUUGACGCAUUCAAGCUCAGUCGAAGGACAAAAUGUGAGGCUGGUUUCGGACAGUUGAGCUUUUACUUUUGCGAUCCCAAACACAUACUGCUUGUAAAUUGGACUUUGCUGUUGGACUUUUGUGUACCAUGUGCUCAUUUAAACUGCAUGUCACAGCAGCGCCGCUUUUUGAUGGAUUGAAGCUCAGCCAAAGAGCAAAUGGUGCAUUUGGUUGAGGCAAGUUGAGCUUUUACUUUUGCUAUUAUUGGACGUUUUCCUGCACAACAGGCCUGCUACUGAAAGCAUUUAGUAAAAUGCUCAUUGAAAGUGCAGCAAUGGCAGCGCUGCUUUUCAAAAGAUUCAGGCUCAGACAAAGAGCAAAUGUUGCAUUUGAGCUUCUACUCUUCUCGGGCCAACCAUCUGGAAUUCUGGGAUGUUUCUGAAGGGCGACGUCAUGACAUUGAUUUGCUGAUUUCAUUCCAAGUCUCCCACUUGUUGACUGUUAGUCUUCCAGUCGUCCAUUCCGUGUCCUGACAGUAGCGACCCGUAGGAGGUGCACGGCCCAAAGACAUGCCAGGGCAAGAAAUGCGGCGAUGCUUCACAGUAUUUCUUCACCCCGCCUCUCCCCCCUGUGGCCAUGUGUGUGAUAGCGCUGCAUGUGUUGGCUUUGCAUCCGUUGUACAAAGACGCCAUCUCCAUCCUCCCUCCACCCAGCGGCCGCCAAGUUCGCUGACCUGCUGGGCUCCGUGCGCAGGGGCUCAGGGCCCACGUCGGACGGAGAAGGCCGGUCCGCCACCCCGCCCCCCGCCACCCUCUCCUCCCCGUCCCCUUCCCGUACGCACGCCCCCGCCGUCCCAAUGCAGAUGUCCAGGCUCACAGACCUGGUGAGCAGCGUUCGAAGGGCGCAACCGGCCCCGGCGCCCGAGUCCGACGCCGCCGCUCCUGCACCGCCUCCGGGCAGCGCCAGGCCCACGCCCCCUCCCGCUCCCGUGCAGGCGACCUCCCCACCUCCUCCCCUACAUACCCCGUCAAGUCCCUCCCCUUCCUCCUCCCAGCGUAAGUAGUGAGAUGCACGGGGUGGAGUGCGGGCAUGUUGUUCAGAGGGGCAUGCGAUGCCAGCAAGGCAUUCUGGGUAGCGGUGUGUUCAGGUAGUGUGAUUCUCUUCUUCAGCGGUCGGCUUUGGGACGGCAUGAGGAAUGCGCGUUGUUGCAAGUCGCAAGUUGUUUGUGUGCUUUACUUUCCGUGCAUCAACUUCCUGUUUGACACUCGCGAACGACGCAACUAACUGCAACCCUGAUUUUUUUAUGCUAGGUUAGCCUAUUGUAGCUGACUGGCUGAUAGUUGGAGGUGUCAUUUUAAGAUGUGUGGUGAAGCCUGCUUAGUAUCCAUGAAUGUGAUGCUGGCUGAAGUGAUGGGACGUUUCUCUUUCCCCAAAAUCUUGGUCCAAUUUGGAUGGCAGAAUGGUCAUGAUCGUUUACCGUGUUGCCUCUUCUUCC